CAGGACAGUUACAAUUUACAACAGUUCAAAAUGCCGUAAAUUUAAGUUAAGAAAACGUGAAUAUUAAGUAAUGGAAUCUGUGGAAUUAAGAAGUUCAUCUGAAGAUGAUGAUGAUGAUGUGUACUGCAAUUCUGUUGCAAAGCUGAAAGUUUUGAAGAAAAAGCAGAUAUCACACUGUAACAAUGAAAAGGAUGAGAAGAACAAACAAGAGAAUAAAGAAAAGUUGAAAAUUGAGGUUCCUAAAGAAAUUGUAGCAGUACAGAGAACAAAUACAAAAACAAGAAGGAAAACUGCUUCAAGACGUAGAUCAAGAAAACAAAGACAAAGAAGAAAUCAACAGGGAUCAGAUUCAGAUCUGGAAAUUGUUUCUGUAGAAGAAAAACCAAAUUCAUCUGAAAAUGAUGUGUUAAUAGUUGAAAAAAAUGUGGAGGAGAAGGCACAAUCUAGUGAAGAUGAGAAUUAUGAAAUAAAUAUUAAAGUUAUGUGGCGAUCGAAAGACUUACAUCGUUUGAAUAUGUGUCGAAAUGAAAACUUUCGACGAAUUUUUGAAUAUUUUGCUAAUAUAGAACAAGUAUCAAUAGAUGAAAUCUUAAUAACAAAAAAAGAUAAAAUUAUUAAAAAGAAUGAUACUCCAGUUACCAUAAAUUUGUCUGUAAUAGACAUUCUUGAGGGAGGUAUUAUUACAAAAGACAGUACUAUGCUUCAAAAGAAUGCAGGAGGAAAAGACGAAAACGUUUGUGUUAUAAAAGUACAAACAACAAACAAAAAAAGCUUAACAAUUUCUGUAAAACGAGAUGAAAACUUCCAAAAUCUUCUAGAGAAAUGUGCUCAAGAAUUAAAUGUUGAGGAAUCGAAAAUUAAAUUAUACUUUGAUGGAGAAUUGAUUGUAAUAACAGAUACUCCUGAUUCAUUAGAAAUAGAAGACGAAGCUUGUUUCGAUCUCCGACUGUCUUGUUAG